AUGGUGUCAAACGGUGUUAGCCUAGCGGCUGGCGCAGUGCUGGGUGAAAUGAUUGCAGAAUUCAUGCUUGUAAACAUGGUCACCCUGAAGCACGUGGAGGUUUUGGAGUACGUCUCGUCACGCAGUGGUAUGCGUGUAUUUUUAAUGGAAUACGAAUCACCAAUUGUGAAUUCAUAUUACAUAUUCCCAACUCGUGCUGAGAACCACGAGGGUCUACCUCAUACAUUAGAACACUUGAUAUUUCUAGGUAGUGCAUUAUAUCCAGAACGUGGGACGUUGGACCUUUUGGCAUCGCGGGCAAUUGCUACGGGCACAAAUGCCUGGACUGAUGUGGAUCACACCGUUUAUACGAUUUCAACAGCCGGAUUAGAAGGUUCUUUGAAGAUGAUGCCGGUUUAUCUUGACCACCUGUUACGUCCAACGUUGACACAGGAUGCUUUUAUCACGGAUGUACACCGUGUUACUCCAGAUGGCAUGAACUCUGGAACAGUGUACUGCGAGAUGAAAAAUCACGAGAACAGUGCUGAUAGUAUAACAAACUUCGAGUUGAUGCACCUUCUGUAUUUGAGUGAAAGUGGCUAUAGCAUGGUACAUGGAGGUCGACUGGAGGCGCUACGUCGUACUACCAAUGAACGGGUUAGAGAGUACCACCGACGCUACUACCGUCUAGACAACAUGUCAAUUGCUCUUGGUGGUAGGCUGGGUGAUAGGGCUGCUAUUUUGAAAGCUGUUGCACAUGCUGAAGCGGGUCUCAUAUCCUCUGGUGUAGAGACCCAUCCUGUUGAUGCAGCCAAUUAUUUCGGUAUCAAACAUUGGGACGAUCCCGUACACUGCCCACCAUUAGAUGAGACCUCACAUAGCACUGUAUAUUUCCCAAGUGAUGAUGAAGAGGUUGGUCAAUUUACUAUGGCCUGGCGUGGUCCCAAAUGGGAUGAAUUUGAGUUGUGUCGUGCUAUUUCAUUACUGGGUUUAUAUCUUACCCAUACACCGAUAUCUCCUAUGGAACAGGCUUUGGUAUAUACAAAAGAUCCUUUUGGUAGCGGUGUGGUAUUCUCUCAUGAAAUAUUAAAGGACGGCCAUUUCACUAUAAAUGUGCAGGAUGUACCAUGUAAUCCCUCUAAGUUGGAUACGAUUGAGAGUCGUAUUCGUGAGUUGCUCUUAGAGGUGUUUGAUAAUCCUUUGGAUAUGCAACGAUUACGCGCAUUGAUCCUGCGUGAGUGUAUGGCACAUUAUCGUUCUCUUGAAACCUCCCCUGCCGAGGUCCUUGUCGAUGGUGUGAUCAGUUAUGUCAUAUAUGGCAGUGAUCGUAAAGACCUGGAUGAGCAGCUGGAAGGUAACGGUCAGAUGAGCUCAUUGUUGGAGAAAGAUGAAGAAUACUGGAAAGGGAUUUUAUGGCAGUACUUCAUAGAUGCUCCUUGGGUAACAGUAACGACGUUGCCUAGUAUUGAAGAAAGUGAACGCAUCGAACGUUUUGAACAGUCAUUGAUAUCACAACAGCUUGAAGCGUCUGAUUUAGAUUUUUUGAGGGAGCAGGAAGAACGGGUAGAAUUGAUUUUCUCUAAUAAAUCGGGUUCAGUACCACCUCAUGUGAUGGAAGCAUUCGGUUUAGUUGAUGUUAGUAAAAUACAACCUACUGCUUGGCCGUAUAUGCGUAACUUCACUUCCAUAGGCUAUGGUCACGAUGGAGGCCGUGUAUUACAGGGUCGAGUGCAGCUAUUCAAUGAACACGGAGGUAGCAUACCGGUAUCAAACUGGUCUUCUUUGGUUUCCGAUUUGUAUAGUCUACAUAUAUUGAUGCAGGUUAAUCAUAUCGCAUCUGAUUUCGUUCGUAUUAGUGUGGUGAUACCAACUUCCCAUCUGGGAUUAAGUCACAUGGAGAAGCAAUCCCUUACUCUUUUAUGCGCACUCUUAUUCCAGUCAGAUUUUGGCGAAGGUCUCGGUCCAAGCAUGCCUGCAGACAUUUUGAUAAGGCAGCUACAGGAAUACACAUCGUCGUAUUCUGCUAAUCUGGGUUUCAAUUCUACGUUCGGUAAUCCUGAUGGGUUCUGUGAAUUGAUCCAAUUGUCAAUGACCUGUCACUUGAGUAACUACGAGAGAGUGUUUUAUCUUUUACAGCGUGUAUUACGUGAUGUGCGAUUCACGCCAACGAUCAUAUCUUCGCGUGUCAGUUCUUUAUUGAAAUCAUUUAAGAAGAAAGGUCGUUCUGCAAAAUCGAUUGUUAGGCAGGCAUCACAGGCUAUGCGUCUACGUCGCGAUAGUGCCCUUAUGUCCAACGGUUUAGGUCAGCAAUUGGAAUAUUUGCAUUACGCGGAGGAAUCUGAUAUGACUGAGUUACUUCAAGGGUUAUACUAUAAACUCUUCAGUCAAGGUAACAUGGUGGCUCAUGUGACAUGUGAUUUGACUCAAAUGCCUGAUAGUUGGCUGCGUGGUUGGUCUGUUUUCUCUGGUUCUGAUGCUAUGGAUCGCACGUUACGGGAAUUGAUGGGUCUACGUUCUGGAGCUGAUGCACAACCUAACGAUGUCAAUGGAGUAUUUAUGUCCAUGGCGUCUACUGAUGUAUCAUUUUUGAGUUUCGUGAUUCCAGCCCCUCUUGGCCAUUUGCAUCCUGAGUAUGCGUUGCUUUGUGUACUUUCGGAAUAUUUGUGUAUGAUGGAGAGCCCAUUAUUCCGUGCGAUCCGUGGCGGUGGAUUCGCGUACAAUUACAGCGUAUCGUAUUCCCCGAAUCUAGGGGAGUUGCAUCUAUCGUUGCAACAGGCCGUUGAUGUCUUGGGUGCUUUACGUGCAACCCGUGAAGUAUUUGCUCAGAUGGCUACAGGUCAUCUAUUGACGGACUCUGAUGUUUUAUCUGCAUGCUGCUCGUUGAUAUACAGCAUUAUUGAAGACGAGGAGACCCUUAGUGAAUACAGCUACCAAACCUUCCAGGACGCUUUCCGUGGCGUUGGAUCUGACUUUACUGCUACAUUGUUAACCCAGGUGCGUCAAGUCGGUGUAUACGAUUUGCGUGUGCUGUCUCAGAAAUAUUUGACCGAAUAUUUAUCGUUUGGAGGGUCGCAUCGCACUAUUGCUGUGGUUACUAACAAGAGCCAAGCUGACGAGGUCCAUACCGGUCUGUCUAAGAUGGGUUACGGUACUUUGUUCCGUACAACAGCACGUAACCUGCUUGGUUUCGCUUCUCGAGGUGUAUUUCAAGAGCUGGAUCUAUACAACUCUGACGGUUCUGAAAGUGAUGACGAUGAUGAAUUGAUGGACACCGAUAUCGAUAAUAGCGAUGCCGAUAUGGAUUCAUCUGAACAUGAUGGAUCAGAUUAG